CAAAAAGGCAAAAUUUCCAACAACGCUCCCAGAGAGAAAAUAAAAAAUGCGAUUUUUCAUACUUUUGUGCUUCCUGGCUGUGGCCUGGGCUGACCCAGAGCAUCCUCUGAGUCAGGAAUUCAUUGAUAUCACCAAUGAGAAGGCUGAUACAUGGCGUGCUGGACGCAAUUUCCCCGAACACACCUCCCUGGCGUACCUUCGUGGUUUAAUGGGAGUCCAUCCGGACGCUGAUAACUUCCGCCUGCCCAUGAAGUUGCUCAUUGAGGAGGAAGAUGAUCUCCCGGAGGAGUUUGAUGCACGCAAACAGUGGCCAAACUGCCCGACAAUCAAUGAAAUUCGCGAUCAGGGCUCAUGCGGCUCAUGCUGGGCAUUUGGAGCCGUUGAGGCAAUGUCUGAUCGCUACUGCAUCCACUCCGACGCCCAGAAGCACUUCCGUUUCUCAGCUGAAGAUCUCGUCUCGUGCUGCCACACGUGUGGCUUUGGGUGCAACGGCGGCUUCCCCGGAGCAGCAUGGAGCUACUGGGUGCACAAGGGGCUCGUCAGUGGGGGUCCCUUUGGCUCAAAUCAGGGCUGUCAACCCUACGCCAUUGCCCCGUGUGAGCACCACGUCAACGGCACACGCCCAUCGUGCGAAGGAGAAGGUGGCAAGACCCCCAAAUGCGUCAAGAAGUGCGAAGAGAACUACAACGUUGCCUACAAGGAUGACAAGCAUUAUGGCAAAUCCUCCUAUUCCGUGUCGCGCAAUGAGCAGCAAAUUCGUCUUGAAAUCUACAAAAAUGGUCCCGUUGAGGGCGCCUUCACCGUCUACGAGGAUUUACUAAACUACAAAGACGGAGUCUACCAGCAUGUGCAUGGAAAGGAACUUGGUGGACAUGCUAUUCGUAUCCUGGGAUGGGGAACGGAAAAUGGAACACCCUACUGGCUCAUUGCCAACUCCUGGAACACCGAUUGGGGCAAUAAUGGCUUCUUCAAGAUUCUCCGUGGAAAGGAUCACUGUGGCAUUGAGAGCUCCAUCUCAGCUGGUGUCCCCAAGUAUGCCUAAAAAGCAUCUCGAAGUGACUCUUUUUAACAUCCAAAGGUCAUUUAUAAUAAUAUGUAGGUUGUCCUAAAAAUUACGAGAAUACCGUAGUUCCGUUAAUUUGAAGAGUGUUGUGAUUUUUUUUACUCCCAAAAUGAUAAACUGAUAAUAACUCUUAUAAAACAUUCAAUAAAGAUGAAAAGUAAGUUCUAAUGACCUACA